AUGCUGCAGAGCUCGGAGACAGUGCUGGGCAAGCCCGAGGGAGUUCUUCCGGAGGUGUUGGUCGGCAUGGAGAACCCUCUGCCGUCUGAAAUUUUAGAAGUUUGCGACGUGUCGCCCUGCCACACGCCCUCUGAAGGCUCAGUAGCUUCAAAGACCGACCAGCUCUUGCGGCUUUACAUAGCCUUCGUCAAUCAGAUGAAGGCAACGCGCCCAGAAAUCCUGCGUGGCGUGCGCGUUUGGCAGCUGCUGCGCGGCUUGCCGUGGGCUUGGCUGGUAGGCCAACUUGGCGACCUCCAUUUCUUGAGCCGCGAAACAGAAAAGCUCGAUGAGUUUUGGUCCCACAGCUGGCAGGGGCCCGGGUGGGCCAAGUUUAUCAACAUACUUUACCUCCAUAGUUGCUUGCCAGCGAGCAUUGCAGGAACAUUGGGCGCAGGCGUAGCCUUCGGCCUUGUCACAGCUGGACUUCUGGGCGCGCUGAAGACAUGGUGCAUGGUCUUCGGGUUUGUAGCCUUUUGCAUAACGCUGCUGCUUUGGCGUCCACACAAGCUGGUGUUUCUGGACAUCGCUUGCAUCCAUCAGACUGAUGAAGAACGCAAGGGAGAGGCCAUCAUGAGUAUGGGUGCAUUUCUGAAGCAGUCGAACUCCAUGCUGGUUCUGUGGGAUCCUACGUGGGUGACAAGACUGUGGUGCGUCUUUGAAAUUGCUGCCUUUCUACACAGCCACAGCGAUGGCGAGGCAUUCCUCCAGCUGGUUCCUCCUUUAUUGGGGCCAGCGUUUCUGGGAAGUGAGAUGCUGAUAUGGGCCGUGGCCAUGAUCUAUACCUACAUCGAGUCCUUCUUGGACGCGCCGGAAGGUUCCAUACUUGAGGGGGAGCACCACUUGCUGCUGGUUGGCAUCAUGGUCCUGCUCUUCCUCAGCUUGGUGACGCAUGCUCUUCGUGGAUAUGCCCACAGCGUUCAUACACUGCAGGAGCAACUCGGGGCCUUCAAGGUUGAGCAGACGCGCAGCGCUUGCUGCCAGAACGGCCCCGCACACGAGUCCUUGUGCGACCGCGCGAUCAUUCUUGAGUGCGUAGCUGCGUGGUACAAGUCACUGGACAGCUUUGAAGUGCAAGUGCAGACUGAAGUGCGGAGGGUCAUCAUCGAUCAGCUUGCAUACAGGGCCCUCUCUUAUCAGCGCAUCUUACUUCUUUCAACUCCGUAUCUCUGGCUUCGUCUUGAGCAAGCUGCUGUCCAUGCAAGCGACCCCACCCGACAAGUAGUCCAUCUAGCACAAACACUCACCUAUUUCCUGGCAAUUUUCCCUUUGAUGGACAAACUGGCCUUCCGCUUGUGCUUCCGCUUGCGAGCACAAUGCUGCAAUCCAUGCUUGGACUUCUUGGUGUCAAUGGCCAUCGUGAUCGCAGCCUUUUUGUUCUACGCCGCUUGCUACACCAUCCAAGUCUAUGUCUUCCGUCAGCUCGACCGGGAGCUUCUCUUGAGCGUGAUCUCCAUGUUUUCGUGGUGGACUGUUGCAGCUAUCCUGUGGCGAAUCACCUCGGGCUAG